AUGUCUUCUAGCAUCGCGUACAUUAACGGGAACGUGUUCACGGUCAAUGACCAGCAGCUGCGAGCAGAAGCAUUUAUUGUCAGCGAGAAUGGCAUAUUUACAGCUGUUGGCUCCACUGCAAAGGUCGCCGCCAAAGCGAAGACAGAGCACAUGGUCAUCCACGACCUUCGAGGCCAGUUCAUCAUGCCCGGAAUCCACGAUGCGCACUGUCACAUGCUCAUGUCAGCCAUCGCGAUGACCUCGUACGCUGCUCUGCCAGGAGUUGUAAGCAAUGACAACUUGAUCGAAGAGCUCAAGAAUGGAAGCUGUGCGUGCAAAUAUGCUCAUACGAAUCAAGACUGGAUUAUGGGUAGCGGCUAUGCGAUUCCGGAAUAUGAUCGUAAAGUACUGGAUGCCGAGUAUCCUGAUACUCCAGUGAUGAUCCGAGGAGGUGCUGGCCAUGGCGUCUUCCUCAAUACGGAAGCGAUGAAACGAUCUGGAUAUGAUAUCGCAGCCGAGCCAGAUGGCCAAGGGACAUGCUUCUUGCGAGACAACAGAGGCCACCUUACUGGCGAGAUGGCGGAGAAUAGCCUGAGUAAGGCUAUCCUAGCCGUACCUAAAGCGCCAGCAUCCCAUGCUAAGCGAGUGAUGAAGGAGGCGCAGAAAAUGCUGCACGCUGCUGGCGUGACUUCGAUACAGGAAGCAUCUGCUAAUACAGCUUUCCUGGACGUCACACGGGAACUCGAGCAAGAACAAAGCCUGAAACUCGAGAUCUUCCCGCACAUCGUUUAUGCCCCAGACUGGAUAGGUGAAGAGCCUACGUCGUCACUGCACGCCUUGCUCGACAAUGCCGAAAAGUACCGCUCCAAGCACGUCGACACUCGCUUCGUGAAAAUCAUCCUAGACGGCGUGCCCUUGCCACCCUACUACUCCCAUGCGGCGCUCCAGGAAGACGGCCGAGCACAACAGCACAAAUUGUUCAUCACAAACGUUCACGACGCGGUACAGAAAUACGACGAGCGCGGGAUGACGAUGAAGAUUCAUUGUACCGGCCAGGGAGCAACGAGGUUGACCCUUGAUGCGUUCGAAGCCGCUCGGAAGAGGAACCCGGGUGGACCUAGACAUGAGAUUGCACAUUGCUCAGGCGUUCACGACGAUGACUAUGCUCGGUUCCGUAGCUUGGACGUGACGGCUGAGAUGUCGCCGGCUUUCUUCUUCGUGCAUCCCGUUACUGAGUCAAGUGGAGGGUUGAUGGACUGGAACUUCGCCAAGAUGGCCAAAGCUGGUGCGCAUGUCACGAUAGGCUCGGAUUGGGGAGCAGGCGCUAGUCCCGACAUUCUGCCUUGUUUGCAAGGGAUCAUCGAUCAAGUCGGGCAAGGUGACAAGCAGCUCGGCGGUGAGAGGAUCUGUCGUAUGCUUACUUUAGCCGGCGCGGAGGCCAUAGGGAGGGAGAAGGAGCUAGGAAGUAUCGAGGCAGGGAAGAAGGCGAACUUCAUUGCCGUCAGUCAGGAUUUGAGUAAAGGAGAUUUUGAUGGUGCGAAGAUAUUGAAGACUUGGUUUGAGGGAGAGAUGGUUUAUGAAUUUCAGUAG